AUGGCUUGCCUGCGCCGCAGUACAAAUUAUCUCAAUGCGUUGUGUAACAAUUGCACGAGACGCCUGGUUACUCUCUCGUCGCGAAACUAUUCAUCCUCCUCGAAAUACACGAGUGAAGAUAUCGCGUCUCUACUCUCAAAACCAACAUGGUCUGUUCGAUCUCUACUCCCUGACCAGACCACGACGUCCCAAUCGCCGUCCGUCACCCCCGAGAAGCUCCGCCAUCUCCUUCGUCUGUCGGCUCUUCCUCAGCCCGUCGACAAAGCGGAGGAGGCGGCCAUGCUGAAGACCCUGGAAUCUCAAAUUCACUUCGUGAAAGAGAUCCAGCGCGUCGACACUACCAAUGUCACGCCGCUCCAUAGCAUCCGUGACGAGAGUGACGAAGCUGUCAAGGAAUCGACAAUUGGAUUGGAUAACCUCAGAGAAGCCAUGGCGAAGGAGCGAGUGGUCGGUCGCAGCAAGAGAAUCCACCGUAUCCAGACAGAGAAAAAUGAAAACCCAGACGGCACAGAGUGGGAUGGCAACACUUUAGGAUCCGCAUCGAGGACAAUGGGAAAAUACUUUGUCGUACAAUCAGGCAGCCAAUUCGCUUUCUCACCAACACAGGCAGGGAUCAUUGGGGCCGAUGAGUCAGCAGGACGCAAUCAACAGCCUCCAUCCUCCACUUAUAAGCCUCCAAUGUCUAACUUUCUCCAACAUGUCAAGAAGUCAAUGGAUGUUGGGAAUAAGCGGGAGGCAGGGAGCACUGAAGAUCAAGACCUCACCACACUUCUCGAUCGGGAUCAACGCGCCGAUCUCACCGUGUUGAUUGCCCAGAUUACAGAGUCUAUGCGGAAAGCAGUCUUGGAUAAUCUUAACGUCUCCAAAGCUCCUGGGAAUCAGUCGAGCAACGUGCAAAAAUCAGAAACGGAGAAUGUUUCUGAAACAGCAGGUUCUGAAGCCGAUAAGAAGAGUCACCCGGAAAAUGAUGGCCAACAGAAUGUUCCUGCAGGCAGGAUGAAUCCACGAGCCAAGCCCGCGGCACUGCGGUACUUUGACGAGUGGAGAGAUUCUGUCUUACUUCGAGUUGGUGAGGUCGUCAACCGGGAUGAGGAUACCAAGGAGCGACAACAGCCUCCGUCAAAACCCCAAAGCCGUCCUCAGUCUCAGGAUAUGUCGGCCCAGGGAGAUAACGUGUCGACACGACUGCGGGAGAUAUACCCGCCGGUUGAGACCCCGCUAAGUCAGCUUCCAAGAUCAGAAAAGCUUCUGAUACUCCAUUCGCUUCUUCUGCUACUUCUCAGUCUCAAACAUUAUAGCGCCCAUUCGCGUGUCUUGCUGCUGUUUGUAGCUUCUAGUCUUGGCCUUACCUUGGAAGACCUCAACCAUAACGAAGCGAAGGUAGCCCGUGGUCUUCUUGACGCUGCGGUAAUGAUGUCUGCAGACGAGGAAACAAAGAGGAAGGCGGAGCAGAGUCGGAAUGCCCGGAGAUGGAAAGUUGGCAUUGCCUCAGUCGCUGGUGCGGCUCUCAUCGGGAUCACGGGUGGCCUAGCGGCACCUCUGGUCGCUGCUGGGAUUGGUACUGUCAUGGGAGGACUUGGUCUCGGCGCCACAGCAGCUGCCGGAUACCUUGGUGCUCUCGCCAGCAGCGGUGUCAUUGUCGGCGGUCUGUUUGGGGCUUAUGGCGGCAGGAUGACGGGGCGCAUGGUGGAUAAAUAUGCACGGGAGGUAGAGGACUUCGCUUUCAUUCCUACCCGUGGACAAAACAAGAGUUUCAAGGAUGAAAAGGAAGCUGCCCAGCAAGAUCACCGGUUGCGAGUCACGAUCGGUAUAACAGGGUGGGCUACGGAGGAGGAAGACAUGGUCGUUCCAUGGCGUGUCAUUGGACCUGACUCGGAAGUAUUUGCUCUUCGUUGGGAGCUCGAGUCUCUAUUAAACCUCGGAAACGGCAUUCGCGCACUGGUGACCAGCGCUGCAUGGUCAGUUGCGGGACGGGAGAUCUUGUCUCGGACGAUUUUCGCGCAGAUUAUGAGCGCGGUCAUGUUGCCGGUCGGUCUUCUCAAGCUCGCCCGAGUCACGGUUGACAAUCCUUUCAGCGUGGCCAAGGCCCGAGCAGACAAAGCCGGAGAGGUGCUUGCCGAUGCACUGAUCAACAAAGCACAAGGGGAGCGUCCUGUCACGCUGAUCGGAUACUCUCUUGGCUCACGAGUGGUGUUUUCUUGCCUGCAAAGUCUCGCUAAGAGGCGGGCCUACGGCUUGGUAGAAACGGCGAUCCUCAUGGGCUCACCUACCCCAUCGAAUUCUAAGCAUUGGCGGAUGAUGCGAUCGGUAGUGAGCGGACGCCUGGUCAACGUCUUCUCCGAAAACGACGCUGUCCUGGCGCUUCUAUACCGCGCCAGCAGCGCCCAGCUCGGCGUCGCUGGUCUUCAGCGCAUCGAGGACGUGCCGGGAGUGGAGAAUGUGGAUGCGAGCGAGCUGGUUAGCGGGCACCUACGCUAUCAGUAUCUGAUCGGCAAGAUCCUGACCAAUAUUGGGUUUGAGGAGAUUGAUCCUGUCGAGCUUCGGUGGGAAGAAACGGCCCUGCAGGCUCAAGACCGGGCAGUGGAACAGGAGCGCGCAAAGAACGAGCAACGGCGCGAGGCGAAGAAGAAAACGACAACGAAAACGAGCACGACAACGAUGACUCAGUCGCAGGGAAGAAAUGAAAAUGACUCCGGUCAGCAGAAGGCUGAAAGCAUCACCAUAGUAGACGAUAAUGAGAAGAAGGUCGAGAAAUUACAAGAAGAAGACGAAGACGAGGAAUUCAAAGGCAUCACAAUGAUUGACAACGAAGAGGAGGAGAGAUUACAGCGAGAGGUGCAACAGCGAACGCAGGAACAGAUGCUGCGUCGGAAGAAGAAGAUGAUGAGCCAGCAGCAACAGCAACAACCACCCAAUUGA